AUGAAUCAAGAACUAGGAUUGAUUGAAAAAAGAUUUCUUGUCGGCUCAUUGCUAUUAUACCAUGGUAUUCUAAUUCUAAUCUAUAUUCUGAGCACUAUCAUAAUAUUCCCAUUAUUUAUUCAUUUCACAAGAAUCAACAGAGAAAAAGAUCGAGAAGUUCCAAUUUAUCGAAUCACAAAUCAUCUUUAUCAAAUCACAGUUUUCUCACAAUCCUUGAUUUUACUAUCUGCAGUUUCAAUUAUUUGGAUUAUUUUAUCACACUCAAAAGAUGAAUACAAUAAUGAGGAUAAGUUUGAUGGAAUGAUUUUGCUAAUUGCAUUAAUUUUAUUAGCAAUUGUAUAUCAAUUUAAUCAAAUAAUAGUUCCAAUUCAAAAUCUUCUAAUAUUUCUUUUGGCGUUUCAAAGAUUCCUAUUAUAUUUUUAUCCAACUUCUGAAAAAUACAUAGUUCCGUCCGAAAAAUCAUUCAAAAUCCUCAUUCGGUGGCUAUAUUCCAUAUCAAUUUGUGGAAAUAUUAUCUAUACUAUUUUUUUGAUCGGAUGUCUUGCUACCAACAAGGCGAUGUUUUUGAAAGCUUGUAAUCCAGUUUGGCCCAAUCUGAAUUCUGCAAUUUAUAUAACUUUGGAUUUUCUAGUCAUGUUCUCUUCUAUAUUUUAUAUUUGUAUUCUGAUAAGUGUUCGGAAAAUCACAAGUCUUGCUUCAAGUGUUAUGAAAAAUCGUCCAGAAAAAGUGAUAAUUUAUCAAACGUUGGUUUUAAUUGUUGUAAAAUUAUUAAGCAUCCCAUUAACUUUGGUAUUUUGCAAGCUUCUUGAAGACUUAACAUUGUCCGAUGUUUUGACAGCAGUAGGUCAAACUACAUACAUAUAUGGUUAGAAAAAUUAUGAAAUUUUAUAGAUUUAUUACGCUCUAUUCAUUAUUGAUUUUCUAACAACACCCAUCGUAUUUCAAAUCACAUAUUUAUUUUGCAACAAAACAAAUCUGGAAAAUUUGCUAAAAAUGAAUUUUCGAAAAGCAAAGACUUGGAGCAUGAUUUGUUUUUGUAACAAUUCGAUUCAAGUUGCCAAUCGGCGAGAACAAUAUAAUAUGAGCAAUGUCACGAAUUAAUACAAUUUUUAUCAUUAAACUUUUUCAUUCAAAGUGGUUUGUUGUAUUGAUCAUAUUAUAAACUUCAUUCAAAUUUUCCACUUGAUUCGAUCUGUAUCCACAACAAAUUGUCAACCAAGUUUUCAAUUUUCUGAAAUUCAUUUUCAGCAAAUUUUCCAGAUUUGUUUUAUUGCAAAACAAAUAUGUGACUUGAAAUACGAUGGGUGUUGUUAGAAUAUCAAUAAAGAAUAGGGCGUAGUAAAACUGAAAAAAUUGUAUUUUUGUAUGUAUGUGUAGCUUGUAUUUAAAGUUACCGAAUGUAGUAUUACAUCCAAAUCGAAAUAAAAAUCGGUUCCAACUGUUAUGAUAAAAAAAAAUAUGAGAGGAAAACAUAACAAUUUUACAAUCAAUAAUACCAAAGUCUGAUAAAUUAUCACUUUUUCUGGACGAUUUUUCAUAACACUUGAAGCCAUACUUGUAAUUUUUCGAACACUGAUUAAAAUACAAAUAUAAAAUAUUGAAGAAAACAUGACUAGAAAAUCCAAAAUUACAUAAAUUCCUGAAUUCAGAGAAGACCAAUAAGAAGAGUGAACGUCAGUACCAGAAUGCAGUCCUUGAAGAAGACAUCUCACUAAAUUAAUACUGUAGAUUAGGAAACCGGACACUGAUAUGAAAUAUAACCAUCGAAUAAUGCAUUUGAAUCGUUUCUCAUCGGGAACUAUGUAUUUUUCAGAAUUCGGAUAAAAAUAAAGGAGAAAUCUUUGAAGAGCCAAAAGAAAUAUUAGAAGAUUUUGAAUUGGAACAACUAUUUGAUUAA